AUGUUCAGCCUUCUUUCUGGUCUUUGGCAAUGGCUUCUACAAAAGGAGGAGCGCCGCAUGGUGUUGCUUGGUGUGGACAAUGCUGGCAAGACCACCACAUUGGAGAAGCUCAAGUCGCUCUUCGGCCUCAAAGGCAUGCCGCCGGAAAGGAUUCCACCGACCAUUGGCUUCAAUAUUGGACGCAUCCAGAUUGACAAGGUGAUUGCCGUAUUUUGGGACUUGGGUGGACAUUCCUCGUUCCGGUCGGUGUGGCACAACUACUACUCCGAAGUGCAAGGUGUCAUGUUCAUCGUGGAUUCCGCCGAUCCGACGCGGAUUGAGGAGGCGAAGGCGACGUUGGUCGAGGUCAUCAGCCACGACAAGCUCCAAGGUGUGCCGUUGUUAUGCUUGGCCAACAAGCAAGACAAGCCGGAAGCACUCAGCAUCCAGGAGCUUUCCCGGCUCUUCGAGUUCGAGCGGCUCUUCAGCGAACGCCCCUUCCAUGUCCACCCAUGCUGCGCCCUGCAGGGCCAGGGCUUGGAAGCUGGCGUCAGGUGGCUGCUUGCGGAAGCUGACAAGUUUGCUCGAAGCCAAAGCAACUUGCAGAAGUGA